GGGGCUGUCCGCGCCUGGGGAGGCUGCUGGCCGCCUUGCUGCCCUCAGGGCUGCUCCGGAGGCGGCGCCCUGCCACCCUCCCUUUUCGCAGCCGGAGGGGGGCUCGCCCUUUCGGGCCUGGCCGGUGUGUGGAGAUUUCGACUUCUCGGGGACCUUCCUUUUUAGAGCUCCCACCCCCCCUACCGGCCGGCAGAGCAGCCCCGGGGGGGGGGCCUGCUCCUCUAGCUACUGUCUGACUCCCCAGUCUCGAGUGCCCCUCACAGUCCAUCCCUCCGCCCCGCCUGGGAAGGGCGCAAAGCGACUGCCUCCACUCGCCCCAGGACCCCCGAGUCAGCCGGACUCGGGGUGGGGGGCACGGUGCUCGGCAGGUCUUGCCGCCCGCGCCCCGACCCUCAGUAUCCGCGUCUGAGGACCGAGAGCCGAGAGUUAUGUAAUUGCGGAGCGGCGACCGCUCCUGCCUGGGGCCGCCCGGCGCGGGGGCGCGGUGCCUGUGGGCUCCUCAGAGGCCGGUGGGCGCAGGCCUGUGAGCGCGGACGGUGGGCAGGACGGGCAGCGUGGAGCCCGUGGACGCGCGCUCGCGGAAGCCCACACCUGCCCCUCCGGCGGCUCCGAGAGCGUCCCCAGGGAGGUCGGCUGCUCCCCACAAGCUGCGCACCCCAGGCUGGGCGGGGGCCGCCGGGUGGCGCGAUCUGAAUUAAUGACCCGCAGGAGACCGGGGCCGCCGACUCGCCCGGCCCCGGGGACCCACCGGGCAGCACAGGCGCUCGCCCCCUGCCCAGCAAGCGCGUCCGGCUUCCUCCUCGCUGGGACCUCGGGGCGCCGGCGCCGCGGGAACUGGCAGGGCCGAGCCUGAGGGGCCGGGAGCGCCCCGGGGGCACGAGACUGUCGCGGCCACCUGCGAUCUGUUGGAGCGACGGGGCUACACCCACAACUCGGGGCCCCGGAGACGCAAGGGGAGUUUCAGUUUGUGCCCCAGAAAACCCCCACCCGACUCCCCCACCUGGUCAGAGACCGGAGUGGAACAGGCGUCUGAAAGUGUUGGGAGCGUGUGUUCACGAUCUCCAGAGAACGGAGGCUCUGUACCUGCGACCAGUUCAGCUUACGUGUGGGGCGCUGUGCCUAUUGGGUCUGUGCCUUAAUAGAGUCAGUUCCUCAACUCCCAAACUGCUACCCGAAGCGGAGUUUCACUCACGUUUUCUGUGAUUGCAAUGACUUUUCCAGCUUCAAACAAACAAACAAAAAACCAAAACAAAACCCCCAGUCUUUUAUACAAAUUGAAGCACUUGAACAACUGAAAAGUUCUUUUUCUCUAAAUUUGCGGGCGAUGCCACCAGUUUAAUAUUUGAAAUAGAAGACAGCUUGGAUUUCAGAACUGCACGGUGAAGCGAUUUGCAACAGUUACCUGCUUCUUGGCCUCAAUCCAGCUGGACCAGGCUGAGCCUGGAAGAGAUCUCGAUUCCUGUGGCGGUGGAAAGACCCAAGAAUGCCUGUCAGGAAGAAAGAUACUGACCGGGCCUUAUCUUUGCUGGAAGAAUAUUGCGAAAAAUUAAGGAAACCAGAAGAACAGCAGUUGAAAAAUGCUGUUAAGAAAGUAAUGGGCAUCUUUAGGAGCUGCUUAUUCCAGGCCUUGCUAGAUAUUCAAGAAUUUUAUGAAGUGACAUUGCUAAAUUCUCAAAAAAGUUGUGAGCAGAAGAUAGAAGAAGCCAAUCAGUUUGCACAGAAAUGGGAGAAGAAAUCCCUCCUUGCUCCAUGCCAUGUCAACGUUCAAAAGUCUCCAGAGGAUCUUGGGUGGAUCCAGGUGGAGAACAGAGUGCAAGCUGUGUCCAUGUCUGCUAAGACAUCUGAAUGUAAGGAGCAAAACCAAGGCAAGUGCCCAACCCAGAAUUGUUCAGUGGAAGCACCUGCUUGGAUGCCUGUUCACCAUUGUACUAAGUAUCGGUAUCAAGAUGAGGAUGCUCAGCACGAUCACUCCUUACCUCGACUGACCCAUGAGGUACGAGGCCCAGAACUCGUCCAUGUCUCGGAAAAGAACCUGUCUCAGAUAGAAAAUGUCCAUGGAUACGUCUUGCAGUCUCACAUCUCUCCUCUGAAGGCCAGUCCUGCUCCAAUAAUUGUCAAUACAGAUACUUUGGACACAAUUCCCUAUGUCAAUGGAACAGAAAUUGAAUAUGAGUUUGAAGAAAUUACAUUGGAGAGGGGCAAUUCUGGACUUGGAUUCAGUAUUGCUGGAGGGACAGACAAUCCUCACAUUGGAGAUGAUCCUGGCAUAUUUAUUACGAAGAUUAUACCAGGAGGUGCUGCAGCGGAGGAUGGCAGACUCAGGGUCAAUGAUUGUAUCCUGCGGGUGAAUGAGGUGGAUGUGUCUGAGGUUUCCCACAGUAAAGCAGUGGAGGCGCUCAAGGAAGCAGGCUCAAUCGUCAGACUGUAUGUGCGAAGAAGACGCCCUAUUCUGGAGACAGUGGUGGAGAUCAAACUGUUCAAAGGACCUAAAGGUUUAGGCUUCAGUAUUGCAGGAGGUGUGGGGAACCAGCACAUUCCUGGAGACAACAGCAUUUAUGUAACUAAAAUUAUAGAUGGAGGAGCUGCACAGAAAGAUGGAAGGUUGCAAGUAGGAGAUAGGCUGCUGAUGGUAAACAACUAUAGUUUAGAAGAAGUAACACAUGAAGAGGCAGUAGCAAUAUUAAAGAACACAUCCGAUGUAGUUUAUCUAAAAGUUGGCAAACCUACCACCAUUUAUAUGACUGAUCCUUAUGGCCCACCCGAUAUCACUCAUUCGUAUUCCCCACCAAUGGAAAACCAUCUACUCUCUGGCAACAAUGGCACUUUAGAAUACAAAACCUCCCUGCCGCCCAUCUCUCCAGGAAGAUACUCACCAAUUCCAAAGCACAUGCUUGUUGAAGAUGAUUACCCCAGGGAGGCUGACCCCCGGGUCUAUGGCCUGAGCAACAGCAGAGCGGAGCUGUCAUUACUAAGGAGGGAACGACUGUGGAAGGACAGGCCUCCGGAGCCCGUUUACAGCACUGUGAACAAACUGUGUGAUAAGCCUGCUUCUCCCAGGCACUAUUCCCCUGUUGAGUGUGACAAAAGCUUCCUUCUCUCAACUCCCUACCCCCACUACCACCUAGGCCUGCUCCCUGACUCUGAGAUGACCAGUCAUUCCCAACAUAGCACUGCAACCCGACAACCUUCAGUGACUCUCCAACGGGCCAUCUCCCUGGAAGGGGAGCCCCGGAAGGUAGUCCUGCACAAAGGCUCCACGGGCCUGGGUUUCAACAUUGUGGGCGGUGAAGACGGAGAAGGCAUUUUUGUGUCCUUCAUUCUGGCCGGUGGACCUGCAGACCUGAGCGGGGAGCUCCAGCGAGGAGACCAGAUCCUGUCUGUGAACGGCAUUGACCUUCGUGGAGCAUCCCAUGAACAAGCAGCUGCUGCGCUCAAGGGGGCUGGACAGACGGUGACCAUUAUAGCACAAUACCAACCUGAAGACUACGCUAGAUUUGAGGCCAAAAUCCAUGACCUACGAGAGCAGAUGAUGAACCACAGCAUGAGCUCCGGGUCCGGAUCCCUGCGAACCAAUCAGAAACGUUCCCUCUAUGUCAGAGCCAUGUUUGACUAUGACAAGAGUAAGGACAGUGGACUACCAAGUCAAGGACUCAGUUUCAAGUACGGAGACAUCCUCCAUGUUAUCAAUGCCUCUGACGAUGAGUGGUGGCAAGCCAGGAGGGUCAUGCUGGAGGGCGACAGCGAAGAGAUGGGGGUCAUCCCUAGCAAACGAAGGGUGGAAAGAAAAGAACGUGCCCGAUUGAAGACCGUGAAGUUUAAUGCAAAGCCUGGAGUGAUUGAUUCAAAAGGGUCAUUCAAUGACAAGCGUAAAAAGAGCUUCAUCUUUUCACGAAAAUUCCCAUUCUACAAGAACAAGGAGCAGAGUGAGCAGGAAACCAGUGAUCCUGAACAACAUGUUUCUUCUAAUGCCAGCGAUAGCGAAAGUAGCUACCGAGGGCAAGAGGAUUUCAUUCUGUCUUAUGAACCUGUCACCAGGCAGGAAAUAACUUAUACCCGACCAGUGAUCAUCCUGGGCCCCAUGAAGGAUCGAAUCAAUGAUGACCUGAUAUCAGAAUUUCCCGAUAAGUUUGGUUCCUGUGUGCCUCAUACUACAAGGCCAAAGCGUGACUACGAAGUGGACGGCAGAGACUAUCACUUUGUCAUCUCCAGAGAACAAAUGGAGAAGGAUAUCCAAGAGCACAAGUUUAUUGAAGCUGGCCAAUACAAUGACAACUUAUAUGGAACCAGUGUGCAGUCUGUGAGAUUUGUUGCAGAAAGGGGCAAACACUGUAUACUUGAUGUAUCAGGAAAUGCUAUCAAGCGGUUACAAGUUGCCCAGCUCUAUCCCAUCGCCAUCUUCAUUAAGCCCAAGUCUCUGGAACCUCUGAUGGAGAUGAAUAAGCGUCUAACAGAAGAGCAAGCCAAGAAAACCUAUGACCGUGCAAUUAAACUAGAACAAGAGUUUGGAGAAUAUUUUACAGCUAUUGUCCAAGGAGACACCUUAGAAGAGAUAUAUAACCAGUGCAAGCUUGUUAUUGAAGAGCAGUCUGGGCCUUUCAUCUGGAUCCCCUCAAAGGAAAAGUUAUAAAUUAGCUCACACGCCUCUGACAAUGGCGGAAGAGCAUUUAGAAGAACAAUAUACAUAUAUAUAUAUAUAUAGAUAUACUAUACUACUUGGAAGCUGUUAUGUUUUUGUUGCAUUUAUGUUUUUGCAGUCAAUGUGAAUUCUUAUGAAUGUACAACACAAACUGUGUGAAGCCAUGAAGGAAAAGGAGGGGCCAAAAGGUGGGACAGAAAAGACACUGCAAUGUGCGAGAAGGCUUUGGAUUGCUCAAAGUGCCAGGUGAAGGGAUGAACCUCUGGUGGGCUUCUUGCUCAGAAAGCAGGCAGCCUCCUCACCCCAGCAGAUGUCUAGAGCUGACUUAGCUGCUGAGCUCUCUGUGUAUCUUGCUUAACAGAAAAGUUGCCAGCACUUGAACUCUACCAACCUUUCCAUUGCCAUGUCUGUGAUUGAUACCCUUUGAAUUUUAUAACUAACUAUGCACAUCCUUUGAUUUCUUCACAAACAAAAGAAUGGGGGGAUAAAGGAACCCCCUCGAAGGCAGCAAAAUAACAGGAAAGGCAAAGUGUGUGGUUUCUUGAACCGGCAUCUGUAAAGAUGAGCAUUUCAUAGACUCUACAGGUGGAUGGAGGACUGGCCUUCCUGAGAGGAGGCUAAGCUAAACCUGAGGUUAGCUUUAUGAUUGUUCAUUGUUUAUUUUGCCAUUUAUAAACUGAAAGCAGGCACUAAAGAUGAGAAUAAUUUAUACAAUAAACUAUAUUAAAUGUAUAGAAAUGACUUUCUCUAGGUUAAAAAAAAAAGUUUUGUGAACUAUUUUCUAAAGACUAAUUGAAAGAUGCAGUAGCCACAGACGAUCCAGCUCCAGAAGUGAAAGUUACACUCUCCUUUGUGUUGCCAGUGAUCCAUUAAGAGCAUCUGAGUUCCUUCCAAAGUCUGACGAAGACUUCUCCCUCACUCACCACACAUGAUCUCCCUUCCAUUUUAGUGAUGCACUUUCAUGGAGUACAUCUCUUAAUGAGUUGUCCUCUGGAUAUUUUUGGAAGAUGUUUAGUUAAUGUGUCUUGAAGCUGAUGGCUUUUAGAGACAAACUCACUUGUGAAGGGCCUAAAAGGAAGUGUUUUUUUUUUUUUUUUAUGCUUUCUCAUAUUAAACAACCUGGGCCUGCCAUGCAAAUAGUUCAAUAACUUUAUUCCUAGUUACUUACAUAAAAUUAUUUAGAAAAUCAUUUAAGAUUUUGGCCAGUCAUGAGUAAUUAGGAUUUUUUGAGUGUGUCUGUUUCACAAGUAACCAAGGGUUUUGUGACAGUCAAAGAUGGCCUAGAGCCAUGAAGAGAUCUAGCCCAAGAUGCACUGUUUCUUUGAGGAGGAGAGAGAGAAUUAACUGGUUUGGGGAUGAAAGGUAGAGACUUGUUUAUAUGGGGCAAAGCAGUAGAACCACAAGAAGAAACAAAUAAUGACUUAGAGCUCAAUUGAACUGCUUUUACUCGGGGCUCCACCUGGAUCCAGUUUAUUCUUUAGCAAUUAUAAUAGUGAUGGCCUAAAAAAAAGUAAGUAAGAGAGAAAUUUUCCAAAGCCUAUAUCCCACUUUAGAACUGAUGGUAAUGUCAGCAUUGCCUGUGCCCACAGUGUUUAGAGAGAGACUUUUCAGUGAUCUCAAAAACACUCAAGUCUGGGCUGUACGCAUGCUCAGACUAAGCCCCAUCGCCUUAUUUCUGGGGUACAUCCAGACCUGGCAGGGAUUCUGCCACACUGUGCAGCAAACCAGCAUGCAGGCUGGUGUGGGAGAGCAAGAGGGAGUCAUCAGAAUGAUGGGGCUUAUUCAUAGUGAGAACAUCAAAGCCCAGAACGAGGGUCUCUUCCCCUAAACAAGGCUUGUUCAUCUUGAGCUCGGCACCAUUAUCUGCCUAGCUGCAGUCACCAGAACCAGUAGCACCAUGCAAAAUCAAACAUCUACCCAGAGCCUGGGGCUGCCUUUGCCAAUAGAAGGGCUAGCAAAGCAUUUUCUCCCUGAAAGCUAAAUUUCCAGAGACUUCCUUAGAGUGCUCACAACGUUAAAGAUGUGAACAUGUCUGCAACUUGCCAGUUUCAGGUCCAGACUGACUUUCAUCAAACUCCCUCCCAGAAGUUUUUCUGCCACCAGAAUGCCAUUCCGGAUCCUAGCUCUCUGUUUAGGCUACCAUGAUGGCUUCUUUGGUUUCUCAACUGAGCAUGCAACCAUUUAUUUAAAGGACGUCCUUAAUGAAUAGAUGUUUUGCGCGGGUUGUGUGAUGUGCUUUUUCCAUUUAAUAUUUAAAGUAUUGCCGUGGCUGAGUACAAUCAAACUGAACCACCCACCCUUGGUUUUGUAGUAAUAUAAUUAUUUAUUUUCCCAGUGUCGAUGCUUUCAAAUUAGAAUGGGCAUUUGCACUGAUUUUUAUGUAGAUUUCUAUAAAUAUAAAUACAUAUAUAUUUGCUCGAAUAACCACCAAGUAUAUUGGUGAGAGGGUCUUUUCCUAUAGAAUUCCCACCUCCAUCUGUUGUGUUGUCUUGCGCUUCCCAACGUUGAGGUCUCCAUGGCUCCAAUGAACAGGUGUAUUUUGCAGCGAAUCUGACGACUUGAAUGGCUAUGGCACGAAGGUUAGUUACCCAGAUGACAUCUGGUACGAAGGCACCUGGAGCCUGGGGCCAGACUGGUGCUAACACUGCAGACUUUGUUCGGAGAUCUCUCCAACUGGAAGGCUUGCCGGGGGAGGGCGCACAAUGUCACCUUCACAUGCUGGGCCCUUCCAGAAAAGUGCCAGAUCGUGUCACUGGUGCUAUUUGUCAUGCUCUGGUACAAUGUGUAGCACCACAGGGGUCUCAGCUCUACCAAAAUAUAAAUCCUACUUGGCAGCUCACUGCAGGGGCGUUGCUUCUUUGCUCCCCUCCUACAGAGUUUGCUGGCCAAGCUGAUAGCAGCCCCCAUCCUUGGCUCUCUCGCCACUGAGUGAGCCCCUCUUUCUGAAGCUGCACUCAGGUGCUUUGUGAGCUGUCUUCAGCCCUACUGCCAGCCCUUCAGGACCAUCCCUGGCUUUUCUCAUUCUUUCCUUCUCCUCUCCCGCUUCUAUGUCAUUCUGUCUCUCCUUUUGUGUACUUCUCCUUUCAGCCCUCCAUCCUGUCUUUUGAGUUGUUAACUUUGUCCUACGAGCCUUUCUUCCUUCCCCUUCACUCCCAGCUCCUUGUCUUAGUCUGAUCAACCGCCAUCCUUUCCCCUUCAUAUCUCUCUUUCUCUCUUUCCUCUUGCUCUUUCUCUUACCACCUGCUACCCUCUCCUGCUUUUUCUGUCCUCUAAGGGCUCGUGGCUGAAUCAGACAGCAAGUCCACAGGCUGGAUUGAUGACACAAAACUUUGGGUCACAUUUCACCUGCGCAGCCCUGAUGGCCGCGUUGAGCGUGAGUCCGGUCCUGGAGCAGCUCCAGCGCCCUCACGAAGCCAGCCUGCACUGCUGCCCAGCAGUGACUUUGCACGCCUGGGCCCUCAGCACCUGGGUGCCUCUGUCCAAGGCGUCUCCAAAGAGAGCCCCUCCCAGCACUGUCCCCUGGCUCCGAGGACCUGCCUAUCCACAGAGGCAAUUUCUGGCCCCAACAGUUAUUCUGACAACAACCUUCCUCUUCAUUGAAGCCAUGCUGCCAUUGAUUUGGAGAGAGACAUUUAUUCCUGCGCAUAACCCUUUUUUUCCUCCUGUCAUUCUCAUAUGAAGCCCCCUCUGCUUUCCAGCUGGUGAUUGCUCUGGUGAGAUGGAAUGGACUUGCUGGUGAAAUAACAUCUCUCUAUUUUCCUGUCUUGGUCCUGCCUAAAUUGACACAAAAAUAUGUAAGUCAAGGACUCAGACUAAUUCCUAAGUUUAUCACAGUACUUUGUUAUCGGUCGGGGAGGAACAUUUUCCUUGAAAUAAGUGGUGUUUCUUCUAUGACAACUUGUUUGCCAGAAGACUCCCUACAGAAUCCUGUGGAAAUACACUUUCUUUACUAUGUGUAGGGUACAUAUGGUAUGUGUGCCAUGGAUGCACAUGCUGCUUUGGAAUGAAGGAAUGUAGAUGGAAACCGAAACAUACUCACACUCCAGUCUGUAAAUACCCUUCCUCACUGGGAACUGCUUCUGAAACCAUUUCUUGUACAGCUGUGCAGUUUCUUGUAGCAGCUAAGGACAAGCUCAGAUAGGCAAGUGACCUAGACUCUCCCUAGCAACUUCCCAGGACUGGGUACCACCAAAUGAAAAGUUGACUCCCGAUGGGAUGGCAAAUUUCCCUUCUAUCCUUUUUGAAUUUGUAUCUCCUGUGUGUCUUUACCUCUGAGUGCACCAGGCUGUACCUGUUAGAGCUUCUCAAUAUGACUUUGAAGGACAGGAUGCUUCUCUAUCGAGCUGGAGCGUAGGGUAGGAUGGGGCAACUCCUUGCCAGGACUGGCGCGAACUGAGACACUGCACAGCUUACACUCCUGUUAAGUGUAAAUAUUUGACACUUCAUUCCAUUUGUGUAAAAAAAUAAAGCACACAUGAUAUAAAGUCAAGAUGUAUAUUUCA